AUGGAGAGCGUCAAGAUCUUCUCCGCAGCCCAGCACGUGCCCGAACUCAGGGGCUCUGCCUUCGAUGAAAUAGCACCACACGAUGAGCAAUUUAUGAAGCUCAAGCAACAGUUCCUUGAGGUCGACAUUAGGGAUCGCGAGCUCGAAACCAUCCUCGAUUACCUCAACUCCAAGGAGGACGAAAUCACAGCUCUCAAGAACAUCCUCAUCGAAACCGACGAGGCCGCUUACAAGAAGACCACCGGUCGACUGACCUUGGCCAUCUUUUGUGCUCGUGAAGAGUUGACCUACGCGUACGAGAUGGAGCGAUGCCAAAAGCUGAGGCGGGAGACGAAGGAGCUGGCGCUCCAGGCGGCGCAGAGCUGUAAGCGCUACGUUGAGGCCAAGCAGGAGCUGACCGCGCUCCAGUCGGCCAUGGCCCCCGAGGAAGCUGAGGAGCUUCAGAGGCACACCUGGUACGACCAGGCCUCGCAACUGAUCGUCGGGUUGUCGGGCGCCAGCGUGGAGUCCCAGGGCGAGGACGAGCUCGUCAUCUCGGUGGUGCCCCGAACUGUGGAGGGCCUCGAAACGGAGCGCAAGUACCGGCUCACCGUUCGCUUCAACCCCCGCGAGGACAUGGCACUCGAGUCGCUCGCGUUGAGCCCGGCCGACGUGCCGGUGGAGGAUCUCCUGUUUGUGUCGCCGACAGUAGCGUCGAUCCACUACGUCGUCAUCGAGCUCCAGAACCGCCUGCACGGCCACCUGCGCCUGCAGGUCGAGCUGGCCAAGCUCUCACAGCGGUUUGGUAUCGCGGUGGUGGGAGACCGCGAGAUUGCCGUCACGUUCAGCACCGGAUCUACAUGCCAUUUGCGCAUCGGGGGCGACUACCCUCGGCCCUACGCGAGCAUCCACAUCACCCACAUCGAGGGACACCUGCCGGCGAGCCUCGCCGCCAGGCUCCAGGACGAGAAGAACCGACGAGUGCAGGGGGUGCCCCUCAAGAAGCUCCUCAAGACAGUCGAGCGACAACUCCAGGCCGAGACCUGA